UGUGUGCACUGCUUCUGAUCAGAUACACAUGAGCUUAGGUCCAGCAGAUUAACUUUCCCCUAUCAGUGUCUGCUGCUGACUUGUCACAGUUUGUGAGAAGGUGCUUAAUCACUUUAGUCGUUUAGUGAGCAUUUAGACAUGGCAUCCAAAUUACUCUGCUUUGGACUGGUGACAUUGCUGCUGGCUUAUUACAUCUAUCAACCCCUUCCAGACAACGUAGAGGAGAAAUGGAAAAUCUUAUUGUUGAGUGCAACAUUCAGGACUCUUGGUCAUGUGGCUUAUUAUGCUGAUUUACUUGGACUGAAACAUUUCAUGGAAGUUAUGAUGUUUCUAACAUUCAUGGAGAAUGUAGAGCCAAUAUCUGACGAGAAUAUGACCAUCACUGACACCACGUUGAAUAACAUUCCAGUUCGGUUAUACAUUCCAACAAAGUCAUCAGACAAACUAAAGAGAGGGGUUAUCUAUAUUCAUGGUGGGGGGUGGUGCGCUGGCAGUGCAGCCAUGAAACCAUAUGAUCUCCUGUCAAAACAGACUGCACAGAAGCUCGGUGCUCUCGUUGUUUCAAUAGAAUAUCGUUUAGCCCCUAAAGUAAAUUUCCCAACUCAAUUUGAUGAUGUAUAUGCUGCAGUAAAAUACCUCCUAGAUGAAAGCACUCUUCAAAAAUAUUCUGUGGAUCCCAACCGUGUGGCCAUAUCAGGUGACAGUGCUGGAGGAAACUUGGCCGCUGCUGUAAUGCAACAGCAAUUACAUGAUCCUGAAAUAAAAGUUAAACUAAAGAUGCAAGCGUUAAUAUACCCAGUUAUGCAGGAUAUCGACUUUAACACUCCAUCAUAUCAAGAAAAUGCCAACAUGCCCAUACUACCGAGGUCUCUGAUGGUUCGUUUCUGGAGUGAAUACAUGACUACUGAUAAAACUUUGUAUGAAGCAAUGAUGGCAAACAGACAUAUACCACGUGACAAAGCAGAUUUAUUUAAGUUUGUUGACUGGAGUACCUUAUUGCCUGAAAACCUGAGAAAGAAGUAUGUUUACUCACCUCAAUAUGGAACCCCUGAAUUGGUAAAAAAAUAUCCUGGAAUUUUGGAUGCAAGAGCUUCUCCACUGCUGGUUGAAGAUAAAAUGUUGCAAGGUUUACCAUUAACCUAUGUAAUUACAUGUAUGUAUGAUGUCCUCAGAGAUGAUGGUAUUAUGUAUGUCUCAAGACUUAGACAAGCCGGGGUGGAGGUCGUACAUGAUCACUAUGACAGUACAUUCCAUGGCAUACUUAUAAUAAGCAUCUGGCCAUUAGAAAUGAAUUUAGCCCAUCAAAUAACACUAAGAUACCUAAACUUUCUCAAUGACAAUUUAUGAAGACAUUUCAUUUAUAUAGAUGGCCAGUGUUGUAAAAUUAAAUUGGUUGUACUUAUGAUAUAAUUUUCACGACCAUGAGUCAUCACCCAAACCCAGAAUGUAACGUCUGUCAUAGAAUUUUGCUGGAAAAAAAGAUAUUGUAUAAGGUGUGUUUUAAGCUAGUAUACAAAGGACUCACUUGCAUGGAGGUGGAGGCAGGUUUUUUUUUUCUGUCAUGGUUUAUUUACUCUUCUGUUUGUUCUGCUUUUUUUUUU